AUGAGCGACACCAUGCGAGCUAUCGGCAUCAAAGGCGGCAAAGGCCCCGCAACAAGCCUCUUCAUCGACCAGAUCGCCAAGCCCACAGCUGCAGAAGGCCAAGCCAUCGUCAAGAUCCGGGCCUUCGGACUGAACCGCAUGGAUCUGCUUCAGCGCGAGGGUCUAUACCCACUCCCACCCCAAGCACCCCCAACCAUGGGCGUAGAGUUCUCGGGUGUGAUCGAGAGCUUCGGACCAGACGGACACGAAGACUUCAAGAUCGGAGAUGAAGUGCUCGGACUGGCCUACGGUGGCGCCUACGCAGAGUACAUCUCGGUCUCAACUCACAUGCUAGUACACAAGCCGCAAGAGCUAUCAUGGGAAGAGGCAGCCGGAGUGCCGGAGACCUGGAUCACAGCCUCGCAAGCGCUCUUCCUAAUCGGCGAAUUCCAAUCAGGCCAAAGCGUCCUCUGGCACGCGGGCGCAUCAUCAGUCUCAAUCUCCGGAAUCCAGCUCGCCAAAGCCGCCGGCGCAAAAGCCAUCUACGCAACAGCAGGCUCGCAAGAGAAAAUCGACUUCCUAGAAAAAGAACUCGGCGUGACAAAAGCCUUCAACUACAAGACCCAGGACUGGGCCGCGGAGAUCCAGUCCGCGACGUCUGGCGCGGGCGUCGACGUAACCGUCGACUUCAUCGGCGCGACGUAUUUCCAGGGUAAUCUGGACGUGGCGGCGCGCGACAGUCGCAUUGUCUUGCUGGGUCUUAUGGGUGGCGGUAAGUUACCCGAGGGAGUAAACAUUGCGCCGUUGCUGUAUAAGCGUGUGCGGAUUGAGGGGAGCACGCUGCGCAGUCGGGAUCUGGAGUACCAGCGGAAAUUGCGCGAUACGCUUGUUGAGCAUGCUUUGCCGCAGUUCUGUGAUGGGACGUUUAAGGUUUUUGUGGAGAAGGUGUUUCCGUUUGAGAAGAUUGAGGAGGCGCAUAAGUUGCUUGAGAGUAACACUACUAAGGGGAAGAUUAUUUGUGUUUUCGAGUAG